UAUCCGGCACUACCCGUAUCCGACUCCGAAUUUAAAGGAAAAUAUGGGUUAGGAUAUGGAAAUGCCAUAAUCCGACAGUAUCCACCCAUUUUCACCCCUAGCUAAAGCUGAUGCUCAUUUUUGCAACCUGAUGCCAGCAAUAGAUGAUUCAUCUACAUCAUGACUAAUGAAUAUGUGAUUCUCAAUUUCUCAUCAUGACAUAACGACCCCAAAAUGUAAUUAGUCAACCAUAUAUUUUCAGAUUUUUUGUUAGAUAAUGGAUAUUAAACCCAGCCUUUGCAUUUUGUUUGGCGGUGUGCAUCUACCUUCGGAUGCAGAGGCCGAGCGCUACCUGUUAUCCAAAAAAACAGCCUUUGUUUUAACAGAAGCUACAGCCACAGUAUAUUUUUAGAUAACAGAAAAGCAGAUUCUUUUCAUCGUGCCUCAUCUGUCAGCCUUUUUAUCACCCAAAUCAGUCACCAUGUACACAGCAAAUUCAAACAAAAACAAAUUCGAAUUUGAAAAUGCACGCAGUAAGUUAAGUAGGGUAAAUUCAGUUCCAUUUUUAUGGUUUUUCACACACAAAAUUCACACUAAAGUUAUUCAAUAAUAAGCCAGGAAGAGCACAUUGUAUGCGUGGUUCACGCAAUCUCGCAUCACAAUUCACAGGAGCCGCAUGAGCUGCACUUACUGCUGCCGUCUCAUCGGAAACCCGUGACGCGACGUCCACGUACGCAUCCGUGGGCCCCACCUCCCCCGUCCACGUCAGCGCCGUUUGAAAUCCCCUUCCCCGCGCGCGCGCGGGGGUAUAUAUAUAACGCGCCGCCGCUUCGUCCUCGCGUCUCCCUCCACUCGCUUUCAACUCCGCGGCGGCGUGAUCCGCGUCGAGCCCGAGCACGGCGCGGCGGCGAAGGCGGCGGGUUCUCGACUUCUCGAUCGAGGUGUUCGACGGAAUUCCGCAAUGCCGAGCGGAGGGAGGCGGCUGCCGCCGUGGACGUCGCCGAGGGGGGCGGCGCCGAGGUGGAGCCCCUGCACGCCUGCGGGCGCGGACGGUUCGGGCCGCGCCGCCCACGCCACGCCGCCGGCGAGCGGCGGGUGCUCCUCGCACGUGACGCCCCCGGCGAGCGGUGGUGGCGGGUGUUACGGUUACCGUGUCACGCCGCCGACGAGCGGCGGGUGUUCCCGGCCUCCUAGGGCGCCGCUGUCGUCGGUGGAUUCGCCCUACGUGCGGGCGAAGCAGGCUCAGGUGAUUGAAAAGGACCCAAACAAGGCAGUUCCAUUGUUCUGGGCGGCUAUAAACAGUGGUGAUCGAAUUGAGAGCGCACUGAAGGAUAUGGCUACUGUACUGAAGCAAGCAAAUCGAGCCGAAGAGGCUAUUGAGGCAAUAAGAUCCUUCCGUGAUCGUUGCCCAAAUGAAGCUCAGGAAUCUCUUGACAAUAUUCUUCUUGACCUGUACAAGAAAUGCGGCAGGACAAAAGAGCAGAUUGAAAUGCUGACAUUGAAGUUGAGAAUUGUUGAUGAGGAGCUAGCUUCUGGCAGGUGGAAAACCAAGUUGUCUAAAUCUCAUGGAAGAGUAGUUUAUUUGUCUCUCAGGGAUGAAAAAGCAAGGUUGUUGGGUAACCUUGCCUGGGCCCAUAUGCAGUCUGAAAAUUAUGAUGAGGCCGAAAUGCUCUACAGGCAAGCUCUUGCUAUAGAAGCUGAUUAUAACAAAGAGUGCAACUUAGCUAUCUGCCUGAUAAAGACCGGAAAGGUAGCCGAAGCUAAAUACCUUCUCCAAUCUAUACCUGACAACUGCAGUGAUGAAAGCCAUGUGAGGUCUCUUGCUCGGGCCAGAGAAAUGCUUAUGGAACUUGAGUCACCAACACUCCAUUCUCCCAUAACUCAGAUGAAAUCUAAAGAAUCAUUAAUCUGGCUUGCUAUUGAUGCGGAGAACCUUGGGCAUUUACAGCCACAGGUAUCCUCAACUGCUUUGACUCAACUGAAAUCUGAAGAACCACAUAUUUCAGUUGCUGCUGAUGCAGAGAAGCAGGAGGAUUGCAAUUCACAAGUAUUUCCAUCUCCCAUUACUCAGAUGAAACGUGAAGAACCAGAAAGUUUGAUUGCUACCAGUGGGGAGAAUAAUGAGAAAUGCCUGAAUGAAUACCAAGAUCUUUCUCGACUGUUCAAUGAUGCUGCUACACCCCAGUCGUUGCUUGAGAAACUACGAAAACGGCUGGUGAAAGAGGACACACUAAAUAUCAGCAUACAGCACCAAGUUCAGAUUCCUAGUUUUGUUGAAUGCUUGCCAAACUCUGGUGGCUCCACAGAUGCUGGUGAGAAUACUAGGCCAGAGGGAAAGGCUCUUGUCAAUGGUGUUAGAAAAACAUGGGCUGAUAUGGUGGAAGAAGAUGAACGUCAAUUGGGUGAUGUCAGCUCAACGAUCGGUAUGGACACUACUAAGCGAAAUGUAAGCUGCAAGCAUGCAAAUGAGGAGAUGUAUAGAACACCCUCAUUCUCUCAAGAAAGCAGCGCCUUAAAAAGAUCAAGCGUGGAUGAUCACCCACAGAGUUCUUCAGCGGAUUCAUGGAGACACAGUGACUCCAAAAUAUCCACAGAUGAGAACGUGAACAUGAAGUUUGUCAGGACUGCUCCACAAUGGAGACAGCAGAAGGUGCAAGAUUACAGUAACCGAGUCUCCCAAAGGCUCGACACAAGCCAUCUCAGUGAUAGAGCUGAAGGCACAGAGCAACCACCUUGGAGAAGCAGCACAGCUCAGCGUUCGCUUUUUCCUGACUGGAAAUCCAAGUGUGAAAGAUAUGGACAUGGUUAUGUGCCAUUUGGUGACAAUGAACAUUUUCAAGGUUCCAGUCACUUUGAGGCCACCAAUCGUUGGCCUAAGAAUGCGAGACCAUGGAGGCCUCAGAACCGCCUCUGGGUCUUCCAAGAAAUCACAAAUGAGAUCAACCAAAAAGUAGUAUAAAUACACAUGUAAUCCAGCAAGUAGUUGUUUGCACUAGAAUGAGAUAGGUGAGAAAUAGCUCCUCAUACAAAGUUCUGUUUUGAGAAGAGGCGCUUCUAGCGCUUGAACUGUAACAGUUUCAAAGAAGUAAUCGUAUUGCGCAAACUCUCCGAGCAUUGUCAUACACAGUUCAUAUGCCUCUCUGUAUCUGAGAUUGAGUCCACAAACACAACACACUGCCAUUGUGCAUGACUCAUGGAUUGUACCAUUGAGAUAUGUAAAUGUGAGCAACAAUCUGGUUGUGAUUCAGUUACAGUGUCUGAAGGAAUCUUUUCUCCCCCAUAUACUACAUUUCACAGCAGACUAGAGCACUGUGGCUUACCAUAUACACCACGUUGUUGUUUGGCACUACUGCUUUAGAUGAUACUGCAUGGUUCCUUGUUGAAUGUUUUCAUCUGUUGGCUGGACAUCUGCUGCUCCAUGAUGGGCUGCAAGAUCUGAGUGUUGCUCCCCCCUCUGGGCAAUUUGCAGAAAUGGCAAUGCAAAUGCAUCCAGCCACUGGGUUGUCUACACACUGGAGUCAGGUGGAUUCCCCACCACUGAAGCUGAGAGAGGGUGCUAACAUGGUGGUGCUGGUGCUGUCCUCAGGGACAGCAAUGGCUGGCUGGCAGCAGCCUUGAGCUUCACCUCCCUUGCAGGGGCCGAGGUGAUGCUGCCAGCUAAGCAGGGGCCGCGACGUGUAGCGCCUUGUCACCGCUCCUCGGCUUCCGCGACAAAGCUGCAUGCCGGUGAGCCUUGCCGGCGACAAGGGACAAGUCCCUACAAUAAUUCUUGCUGCAUGAUUGGCCACACAUGUAUACACUGGUGAAUGCUAGCUGCUGAUACAUUCAUGAUCAACCUAGCUCCAAGAUCAGCUGCUACCAAUGGCCUUCUCCAUUGCAAAUGUUUGUGAAGACUGUAUCAUGGCAUACAUGUCAGCAUCAGCAAGCAGUGUACUGUUCUACACAUCUUGCUUGGAUAUGCAGCAGCUACCUUACACCGGGCAUGUGAUCACCAUCAACAAAUCUGAGGCUGCUACUAUAUGAGGGACUGUAUAUCUGUUUGUCAGCUGGUAUCUUCUCGAUCUUCAGUAAAACCUCUUCAAGUCGUCGCUGGCUAUCGAAUUCCACGUGCUUAUUAAGAUUUUAGACAUCGAAAUGAUUGUUAAGAAGGGUGUAGAUUGCAGGUAGUAAUUGAUCAUGUGAUUGCUUAGUGAAUUAAGGCGAUGGGAUUAGCUAAUCAUUGUCUAUUUGAAUGUUGAGACUUGUUAGAGUUGAUUGGGGGUUCUUUUUAUCGUAGUUUAUUUUUCAGCCUUAACUUUUAAACCUCUAAUAAUACAUAUAUAAAAGUUGUACCUAUA